ACAUAUCCCAAUUCAGCCAAACUUCCUCGCAUUUUCUCGAAGACCAGAAGACUUCAGUUUCCUCAAUUUUUUUGGGGCGACUUUUCCGUUGGUUUCUCCGGCACCGGAGGUCCUCGAAACUUCUUCUUGAUCUUGUUUAUAGCAGUUCGCCAUGUCGGUAAAAAGUGUCAAGGUCAGCAAUGUUUCCUUGGGAGCAAAUGAGAGAGACAUCAAGGAGUUCUUUUCUUUUUCUGGUGAUAUCGAAUAUGUUGAAAUGAUGAGUGACAAUGAACGGUCUCAAAUUGCAUAUGUUACCUUCAAGGAUGCACAAGGAGCAGAGACUGCGGUCCUUCUUUCGGGUGCUACGAUAGUGGAUAUGUCUGUCACAAUAACUCUAGCUCCUGAAUAUGAGCUGCCACCUGCUGCUUCAGCACCCCCUUUUGUGCAGGAAACAGAAGAUAAAGCUCCCAGUGGUGCCGAAUCUGCAUUUCGGAAGGCAGAGGAUGUGGUUAGCGGCAUGCUUGCUAAGGGCUUUAUCUUAGGCAAAGAUGCGGUCAACAAGGCAAAGAACUUUGAUGACAAACACCAGUUGACUUCAACAGCCUCAGCCAAAGUUGUUUCUUUUGACAAAAAAAUAGGGUUCACUGAGAAAAUAAGUGUUGGUACUUCUGCAGUCAGUGACAAAGUUCGUGAAGUGGAUCAGAAAUUUCAGGUUUCAGAAAAAACCAAAUCUGCUUUCGCAGCUGCUGAACAGAAAGUUAGUAGUGCUGGAUCUGCCAUAAUGAAGAAUCGGUAUGUUUUUACUGGAGCAUCUUGGGUUACAGGUGCUUUCAACAAGGUUGCAAAGGCAGCUGGAGAAGUUGGGCAGAAGACAAAGGAAAAGGUUGGAAUGGUUGAAGAGGAGCAAAAGAGGAAAAUGGAAGAUGACUACGCUCAAGUUCUAUCCGACUCUCCUAAAGUGUCUGCACCAAGUGAGCAUAAGCCAUCUAGGCCUGAACCUGCUCAAGGAUUGAUUCUGUGAUAUGGACUCGUACUGUAAAUACUUUUGAACAUUUGUAUUCCUUUAUAUUUUUACGACUUGCUUUAUUCUUCUAGCCUUUAAAGUGUUAAAAUUUUGAAACAUUUUUCCUCAAUUAGUUGGACGUGUUUUGGCUUUAUAAACACAACUUUGAUGAGUA